AUGCGCGGCGACGCUCCUAGGUUAUGUCGUGGUGUUGAGCACAAAGUCUACGGCUUAGUGCCUACUGCGAGCGCGGCCAAGGAGAUCUGUAUAGAAGGGAUCACUGAAUGGAUGAACAGAAUGAGUUCAUCCGCGCAACGGCCACACCCUCCAUCCGCGCGGCCUGUCAGCCUCCCUGCAGUCAUGACCUUUUGUCGAGGUCGGUCUCCAGGAACUUUUGGCGAAAAUUAG